GUUGCUAGGAGGCGCUGUUGGAGCCCGGAAGAGUUGAAACUGAUGAUGAUGAUGAUGAUGAUGGCCAACCCGAGAUUGAAGGAGAAACAUAAGGUUCAUAUUAUAGCCGCACUUUGUUGUUCCCCUGCGACAUUUAUGCCUGUCUAACCCGUCGGGAGAAAGGAAAGGAGAUAUCACUUUCUCCCCAUUUGAAGCUGGGUGACGAGGCUACAUGGUGUGUGUUUCCUAUUCAGAGUGUGGAUGUGUGGGUGUCCAGAGAUGGAGAGCUAUGAGGACUUCUGUCUGCGGAGUUUGGCCAUACUGCAGGAGGAGGGGAAAUUCAAGAAGACAACAUUUGAGCCACUGUGGUCCCUGAAGGCUCUCUCCGUUAUCCGCUUCCAUGGAAGAGCUGUGCUUUCGCCUCUGUUGAGUGCAGAGCAGCGCAGUGAGAUGUGUGACUACAGGCGGAGAGCAGUCCAGCUGGAGGUGGACAGGCAGAACCAGCAGAAUAACAACCUUUUGGCUCGGGUUCAGGACAUACUGGACCAAGCUCAGGCACAUACAGUACCAAGUGAAGAUGUUGAAAAGAUGCCAGUUUCUAAAUCUGCGACAGUCAGUGGCUACACCCUGGUCAUUGACUCUCCUGGACUUCCCACAAUCCCUGGAUUUGGGCUUCAGACAAAUGAUGAGCCUGCCACUACGUGCUCUGAGACCCCCAUCCUCAAUGGCUGCAAGGCAGUGAAGGAUGUGGUGGUGGAGAGGGAAGAGAAGAGUGAGGAGGAAGAGGAGGGAGAGGAGGAGGAGGAGGACAUUAGUUUGGACAGUCUUCUUAAGAGAUCAAGGGAAUAUGUGAAGAGAGAGCAGAGUCAGCAGGGGUCAAAAAUCGUCCACACAGCCACCAGGAAUCCGCCGCCGGAGACUGUCUCUGACAAGGAGAAUAAGAGCUGCAGUCCCAUGGGGGACACGGGCGUUGAGUUUGGGUUCAGUCUGCACCAUAGCCCUAUUGGCCAACCUCAGACCCAAAUCCAGCAUCAGACUCUCUACGACCACAGUCCCCAACAGUCUGGCUGCCUCUCACCUAGUCUACCUGACCGGUUUGCUCGUCUCCCCAGUCCAGAGUCCAGCAUUAGUCCCCAUGCACAGAAACGCAGACCCCGCCCAUUUUCUACAGGAAAUAUCCAUAUUUCAUUUCCUAUCGGCCCAGCAGACCUUAUUCCCCGAAGCCCAAGAAGGUCAGGGGAAGGUGCUGGCAUGGCAGAUUGGGGAGAGACUCUCUCAGGGGCUGUAAAGUCCCCCGAUCACUGGGGCUCAGUGGGAAGUGAAAGUGGUGGUGGUGCUAGCAGGAGUGGCGAUCGUCGAUCCAGCCACUGUGGUACCAGUCCAGUGCAGGAGACCUGUAGCCCCGGUAGUGCCUCAGGGCUUAGCCCGAAGGGACACCAUGACCAUCUGGCUGCAGGAUUUCGCCGGCGCUGCCACACCCUGGACAGCCAGCUGCAUAGCUACCACUCUGGAGUUGAGCACAUAGACCGCAGCCAGGAAAGGGUUCCUCGCUUCAUGGCAGGAGUCACAUGGAAGGCUCCAAGUUGGCGCACACCUGCAGCCCCUUUAAACCAGUCGUAUGAGGUAGAUAUUCCCUCACCAUCUCUGCUGAGGCCCCGCAUGUCUCCUGACAUGGCUCAGGUCACACUCAAGAUGGAGCCUGACGACACUCAAGGGACAAACAAUGGACGGAUCACACCAACUGUCCUGUCCAGAAAUGCAGCUGAGGCACAGGCCAGCAAGACAGAGGAGACCCAGAGGCGAGCACAGGCUCUGGAGGACAUGCAGAGGCGUCUGGAGGAGGAGCAUGUCUUGCAGAUGUCUCUGCUCUUGGCUGAGCAGGAGAAAGAACAACAGCGCCUCCGUCUGGUCAGCACAUGGAAUUACACAAUAUCUAGUCUAAUAGAAGAGCUGGAGGAGACAGAGAGAAGACUGAGGGAGCAGGGGGGUGUGCGGCCUUUGAGUGGGGAUGUUUGUGGGUGGAAUUGUAGGUCUGUGAGUGACAGCCGUCCUGUUGUGAGCCCCUCCUGCCCGGGACUAAGCCCUGCCCACACACCAUCUGAGCGAUCACCUGGACACAGUAAAGGUUUCCCCAGUCCUGAAAGUUCCAGUGUAUCUUCUCCCUCUGUCCAGUCUCCCGUCUAUCUGUGGGGGCCCACAUGGACAGUUAGCAAACCUCGAGCAAGGCUAAGUCUGGUUCUGACAUCACAGCAGCAGAGAGCGUUCUGUCGAAUCGGCGCAAUCAUUCGCGGCUUCCUCACUCGCAGACUGCUCAAAACAGAGAAGGUCAGACACCUGCGCCAGACCAUCACGGAUACCCAGGAAUUCAUCCGUUCAUUCCAGACUGAAGCUCCACAGAAGAGAGGCCUCUGCUCAGCAGAAGAUCGCUCCCUGCAGGGCAGAGUUAGAGCCCAGUUACGUGCAGCCCUUUAUGACAUCCAUGACAUCUUCUUUGAAAUGCCUCUGGGGGGUCGAUUAGCAUUGCUGCAGCAGGAAAGGGAGCUCCGAGCAGAGAGGAAGCUACGAGAAAUGGAGAAAGCCAAGUGCCCCAAGGAGAGAGUGGUUCUGUCUGCCGCCACACAAAGGUCUCUGGACAGGAAAAAGAGGGUUGGUCAAUCCCCAGCACAGGCUAGGAAGAUGCAGCAGAAGCCAAAGAGCCCCACUACCAACAGGUGCCAAACACAGCUAGUCCUGAAGCCAAGCCAAGGGCAACAUUCUCCUGUCCCAGGCCAGCUGAACCGCCAGGGGAGCUGGUACAGAAAGACCCCAGAGGAGAGAGUGAGGCGCUCAGACAGCCUGAAGAAGCAGCACUCCCUGGGUUAACCGGUGACUCAACAUCCCCUGACCUGUGAACUUGAUUUUUUUUUUGUCUUUGAAUACAAACGUCGCACCACUGAAACUCCAGUCAGCGCUGCUAUUAUGAUUGUCUGAAAUUCAAAUGAUUGUAUUCACUACCACACUUUAGCUCAUUGAUAUACACCAUCACAAUGCCAUUGCUUUUGACUGUUGUAGCUUGCUGAAAUGUUUAAGUGGCAAUAACUGAUUGUUAUCCGCAAAACUCUCAUGUAGCUUGAUACUGUGUGUGGAGUAUUUGAUGAUAAGAUAGGUACAUUUUAAAGAAAAAAAAAAACAAGCUUCUGUACUUAAAUGAAAGCUAGAAGAAGGUCAGAGUUGAAAGGAAACAAAAACGUGUUUAUCCGUGCCUAAGAAUUAUGCCUUUGCUAUCUGUAAGAUUUAAGCAUGCAUACAUUUACCAAUUGUGUUCAUAAACAUUUAGUGCUUAUACCUGUAAGAGAAUUUACAAACACGUUUCAUGGUCACAUUCACGUAAUGUAAUUUCCAUA